AUGGCUGACGAUUCUGCUGAGGCAAUGAAAGCGGCUUUGCUGAAGGCUCAGGAGGACCUUCACCGCACUCAAUCUGAGGCCCAGCAGACCAUUGACAGCCUCAGAAAAGAAUUGGAUUCUGUCAAAAAAGAUUCCGAGGCCAGUGAAGGUGAAGAUGGAGCAGCUAGAUCCGACGAUGAAGCAGAUGAAGCUGAUCCCACAGCCAGGAAAAUGGCGCUCCUAGAAUCUCAGAACAGGAAAAUACUUCGCAUGCUGACGAAGCUACCUGGAGCACCUACCCCUGUGGCUGAAGAAUCUCCUGAUGGCUACGCCCAAUCCCCCUUCGUGGAAGAAAUCGCAAGAGCCAGGAUUCCCAAAAAGAUCAACGUGACCCAGCCUCACAAGCUGUAUGAUGGAGCUGCGGAUCCCUAUGACCAUGUGGCUCAAUAUAAACAGAAGAUGUGGACUCUGUCCAUUCCUGAGCAUCUGCUAGAAGCCACCAUGUGCAAGUCCUUCGGGGCCACCCUAUCUGGACCUGCUUUACAAUGGCUGAUAAGUCUUAAGCCAGGUAGCAUUCAAAAUUUUGCUGCUUUAAUUAACAAGUUUUAUAUGCAGUUUGCAAGCAGCAGGAUCCUAGAGAAGCACACCGGCGACUUGUACCGCAUCACCCAGAAAGCCAAUGAAGCUGUGAGGCAGUACCUGGAUCGAUUCAACAAGGAAAUGAUCUCUGUCAAGAACCUGGAUGUUCCCACAGCUAUCGAAGCAUUCAGGAGAGGACUAACCUAUAAAUCUAGAUUGUAUUAUGAAUUGACCAGGUACCCAUGUGGCACAUUCGAAGAGGUCAGGGCCAGAGCUAUGGCUGAGAUACGUGUCGAGGAGGACGAGGCGUCCAGGUACGUGAGCGAGCCUAGCUACGAUCGGAAAUCCCAGAACCAGAAGAAGACUGAUUGGCGCCAUCAGCCAUAUCAGAAGCGCGAAAGUAAUAACGUAGCCAGCAAGGCCACAGGUAAAUCGUCUAACAAUGAUUACCCUUCCAUUGCUUCCUACUGUUUUAACGUGGAUGCAGGAGGCGUAGUAAACGCAUUAGAAAAGCUGGGAACCACAGUUAGGUGGCCUCGCAAAAACGACAGACCAGACAGCGAGAAGGACACCACCAAGUGGUGUAGCUACCAUGGCGACCAUGGCCAUCGAACAGAAGAAUGCAAUGCUCUCAAAAAGGAGGUGGCUGGCUGCUAA